CAAAAUGGCGUCGAAUGGUACUGCCAGAUUCCACGAACGGACUGGCACUCUUGUUACACUCAGCAACGACAACAGGACUGCACAGAGAAGUCAUCCGACACAAGAAUUCAACAACGGGGUCGUCUUGAGCGCAACAGCAUUGCGUGACGACCAAGUUUUUGAAGUCAAGAUAGACAAGAAGGUUAACUCAUGGAGCGGUUCUAUAGAAAUAGGCGUGACACUGUGCGAUCCUGACAGCCUGACCUUUCCUAUAAGUGCCACAGGCUUCAGGGAUGGCACUUGGGUUAUGUCUGGAAGUUCGGUUCUCAAAGACGGCCAUUCCAUGAUAGAGGAAUAUGGCAGUGACCUUGACCAGCUGUCAGAGGGCGACAUUGUUGGCGUAAUGCGUUCCUCCGCAGGCGAGCUGCACUUCUUUGUGAACGGGAUUGAUCAGGGACCUGCGGCAUCGGGUAUUCCCUCUGAUGUGUUUGCUGUCAUCGACAUGUACGGGAAAUGUGCCCAGGUGUCCAUUGUCGACUCUACAGACAAUAGGGACAAUGCAUACACUGGCAAUCAACAGUGGGCACACAAUCGUGUACCAAAUGGGCCAGUAGAGAUGGCUAAUCAUUUAGCCAACGAGUUUCUGGCUCAGCUAUCAACACAGAUUGUAAACGACCUAACGGACAACACGGAUCUUCUCACCAUGAAUGAUGACAAUGCAAUCAGUAACGAGCUCGCUAACAAUCAUUUGACCGAUCGAGGUAACGAGGCCGAGGGCUUGCAAUCCAGUGAACGACUGUGCUUUCAUGAACGAUGUGGAAGCCUGAUCAAGCUAACAAAUGGGAGGAGAACGGCAGAACGACGACGGCCAUUGGAUGAGUUUAACAACGGCGUUGUAAUGACAAAUAGGCCUCUAAACGAUGAUGAAUAUUUUGAGAUUCGACUGGACCGACUGGUGGACAAGUGGUCAGGCUCUAUAGAGGUGGGCAUCACCACCCACAACCCCAGCGUGAUAGACCUCCCUCAGACGAUGACCAACAUGAGAUCAGGUACCAUCAUGAUGAGUGGGUGUGGAAUUCUCACCAACGGGAAAGGCACACGGAGAGAGUAUGGCCAGUACAAUCUGGAUACCCUGGCGGAAGGUGAUAGGAUUGGACUCAUUCGCAAAGCAGACGGCAGUUUGCACUACUUUGUGAAUGGCGUAGACCAAGGGAUGGCGACAAACUCAUGUCCUCGUACUGUAUGGGGCGUAGUUGACCUCUACGGCAUGGCUGUCAAGGUGACCAUGCUUGACCGUAAUGACCCCAACUAUAACCACAUGAUGAACAGUCAGACUGGGCCGGAACAACAGAGAUUCUUGCCACAAGUUACGGACAUGGUCGAUGAAAAUAGCACUACUGAUACUUCGCAAACCAACAGGAGACGUUCCGGGGAGAUUGAACGGCUCUCGUUUCACACACGCUGUGGUACCAAUGCAGCGGUUAUCAACAACAGUCGCACAGCACAUCGACCAAACGCUAUCGAUGACUUCAACAACGGUGUCGUGCUCACCUCACGGACGCUGCGCCCGAACGAGUUGUUCGAGGUGCGCCUGGACAGCAUGGUGGAGAAGUGGGCGGGAUCUAUAGAGAUUGGGCUCACGCUGCACAGCCCAGAGAGUCUGGAGUUUCCGUCAACGAUGACCAACGUGCGGUCUGGCACCUGGAUGAUGACGGGCAACGGAGUCAUGUACAAUGGCACCACUGUGAUGGACGACUAUGGGCAGAAUCUGGACCGGCUCAAGGUUGGAGACCGUGUGGGUGUGAUACGCAAAGAGACGGGGACAGUGCACUUCUUUGUGAAUGGUGUGGACAUGGGGGCUGCGGCAAACAAUGUGCCAGAGAAGGUUUAUGGGGUGGUGGACCUUUAUGGACAGGCAGCCCAGGCAACCAUCAUUGACAUCUCAGAUUCUUUGAGCACGCCAGAUACAGAUUUCUCGAGCCUCGGAGACUCUGAGCACCUGCUGUUCCAUCCAAUGCACGGAACAAAUUCCGCAAUUACAAACAGCGGUCGUACGGCGAUACGCCCCAAUGCCACUGGGGAGUUUAACGAUGCCAUCGUCAUGAGCAACCGACCCCUCAAGGAUAACGAGCUGUUUGAGGUGAUCAUUGAACGAAUGGUGGACCGAUGGUCGGGCUCUAUUGAAGCAGAAAUCACUCAAGGGAUGUUUAUUGCAGGUGUUACUACUAUAAAACCUGAGGAUCUUGACUUCCCUAAUACUAUGACCGAUAUCGAAUAUGACACCUGGAUGUUGAGUGGUUCAGCCAUUAUGCAGGACGGGUCCACUAUACGUAAUGGCUACCCCCUGGACCUGGACCAGGUAUCUGUGGGCUGCCGUAUCGGUAUGAUGCGAUGCUCCGAUAGGACCUUACACUACUACCUGAAUGGCAUUGACCAGGGAGUGGCCUGCUCUAACAUACCGCCAGGUGUAUACGCAGUGGUAGACCUGUACGGCCAGUGUGGACAGGUGUCCAUAACUAACGGGUCCGGGGUGGUGCCCACAGAUAACAACGCUAUCAAUCAGUCCAGGCUGGAACAAGCUGUCAGUAACUCACCCAUAGGAGCAGAAGUGAGCCAUCGGUUCAGCAAGUGUUGCGGCAAGAGCAUCCAGCUGUCAGGUAGCAACUGUGUAGCCACACGGUCCAACACGUUUGACAACGGGAUUUUGUUCAGCUCCGAUCCACUUAAAAAAGAUGAGAUUUUCGAAAUAAAAAUUGAUAGACUUUCCAAGCAGUGGGCAGGAGGGUUAAAAAUUGGUUUGACCUGUCUAGCGAUAUCGGAUUCUACGCCUAUCUCAUCUGUGCCAGCUUCAGUGUUUGAAAUGAACUCAAAACCCUCCUGGGUAGUGGCGGGGUCCCAUGUGAUGAAGUCCAACCAGAUAAUUAAAGAGAAUUAUGCACCAUCUUUGGAAAGACUAGAGGUUGGAAACAAAAUAGGUAUCCGACGCAGUCAGGAUGGAGCUAUGCAUGUCUAUUUGAACGGCGAAAAUCUUGGCAUAGCUGCUUCCAAUAUCCCACGGAAUGUGUUUGCUGUGAUAGACCUGUUUGGAAUGGUGGAAUCAGUGUCCGUGGUAAGCAGUAGUGUCCUGGCCAACGACAGCGCAACCACCUCACCCUCAGUAGAGUCAGAGACUGGACAAUACAUCGUCAAGAGUCCAAAGAAGGAAGAAGAGGCUGAAAGUGGAAAAUCUUUUGUAUCAGAAUUUCAUGGUAACCAUGGUAAAAAUAUACGGCUAAGCAACGGUAACCUAACGAUAGAGCGGGUGGCCAGUUAUAACCAGGCAGUGGCUGUCACGAACAAACCACUUAUUAGGAACUAUUUAUUUAAGAUUCGUAUCGACAAAUUAAAUUCUAGCUGGAGCUCUUCGCUGAUGAUUGGCUACAUUGGGUUUUCACCGGAGAAAUUCACGUUCCCUGUAACAGCUUUAGCUAUCAAGAAAUCCUGCGUUCUCAUACACACAGAUCACGUUUAUGCGUGUGGAGCAAAAGUAAAGGAGCAUUUUGGUCCUAACCUUGACCGAUGUCAGGUGGGCCAGACUGUAGGAAUUCUGGUAGACGAGGACUCUAAUCUGCACCUGUAUGUAGAUGGGGCUGACCAGGGGAUCGCCGCCAGGGAUGUACCCAUGCCAUGUCAUGGCAUUGUAGACCUGUAUGGUGGAUGUACCAAGGUAACCAUUGUUACAAAUGAUGAUGAGAAAAUGGAUUCUUCCCCAUUGGUUGAUGACAAAGAAAAGGCAGACCUUGAUGAAGUGGUAAAGGAGAAAGUGUUACGACCGCUGGUUGAGCCUUGGACUGGGUCAAGAUAUUGUGAAUACCAGAACCUGUGCUUGCGGAUCAAAGCCCAGCUGUCUUUACCAGGUGACCUUAAUGGAAAUGGCUACUUUGACACAGGCUCCAACACGUGUUUCUGUGAGACGUGCCAUAAGUUACGCGGUGAUGAGCUGUACUGCCGGAAGGGGGAGCCUCCUAUGGAGUACGCCUCACAAUAUGGCUGGUACUUGUUCAGGCUCAAACAACCUUCGAGAGCCAACAUGUCUGCAGUGACAGAAAAGUGGCAUGUGGCAUACUUUGGGUCCAAGGUGGAGAGUUUACGGAAGAUAUUGGACACACGGGACCUACAUUCUACAGGAGAGAUUCUAUCUGGUGGGAGUGUGUUACUGCCCCAUUCCCCAGUGUUCACAGAGAAAUCUCAGCCAGAAGGCUCAUCAGUGGAUACAAUAUAUCUGUCGCCCACUCUGCGGUAUGCAGGGGCAAAUGAGUUUUCUCCAAAGAACAAAGUUCACGACCCCAAGACAAAGAAAGUGCACCACGUGCGAGUGGCAUUCCAGGUGUGUGUUAAACCAGGCUCCUACAAAGUAGGGCCGCAGACUAUUGGGGCAAACGAGCCAAUAGACCCCCAGAUCAGUAACAGCGAGAUAGAGUGGUCCACGAAAGAACGGGGCUCCGUUUUAUUACAUAGCUUAUUAUUUAAAGUCGAGUAAAACUCAUGCCAGGAUAUUAGUGAUUCUUAGUGUUUAAACAAUUUAUUAAUGGUGAUAUUUAUAUGUGUUUUACUUUUAUAUAGUGACACGUAUAAUUCGAGUAAAACUCAAGCUGGGUUCUUAGUGUUAAAGAAAUGUAUUAUAAAAUCAAGAAUAAAUUAAACUGUGUACAUUUUUAGUAUAUGCCAGAGUCUCAAAAAAUUAUUGUGAUAUUGAACUUGACGGUGAUUUUGAGCCUGUUUGAAUGCGCUUAUUUGUGCUGUAUGAAAUACAGUACAUGUAGUUACAAGCUUGAUCCGUGAAAUAUUUAUUCCAUCCAACUACGUAACCUGAAGUAUUGAGAUGGAGUAAAAUUCCAAUGGAUGUGUAGUGCUGCAAAAUUUAGUCAACUUAUUUCGAAUUAUUGAUUAUAGAUAUUAUCAAAUUUAUGUGUUGUACAAUGUAGGUAAAUAUUCAAAUUGUUGUAAAAGCUGUUUUUAUGCAUUUUUGUUGCUGAUUUGUUAAUGGUGUAUACUGUGGUAUUCAGAGAAUAAUUAAGUGUUUGGAGAUAAUCUGUGGUAUAAAUUACAUCGCUAAGGAGUCGUUUUAACAGUAUUUGAAAUUAUAUUGUUUUUAGAGAAAAUAUUAUUUCUUGUUCAUGCUGCCAUAGUAGUUUGAAUCUGUUCGUUUUGUUUACACCUCUAUGUUUCCAUUACGUUAUUGCUGUCCAAAUAAUGAUAAAAUCAUUUGUACAUCACUUGAUAAAGAAAAGUAUAAUAAAAUAAUAACCUAUUGGAGAUUUAUGUUUGAAUCUUAACAUAUUUAUUUUGUAGCAUUGACAAAAAUUGUUAUUAAACAUUCAGCAACUGGU